AUGUCAGGGGAGCUUGGUCGGCUUCAGUUGACCUACGAAGCAGUCGAUUGUCUCAAGAGCCCCUAUCUUAACACGCACCAUCUUCAGUUACAACCGACCAUGAAGCAAACAAAAGCUUGUCUGCUGGCUGCUGUAGCCGUUUCGGCAUCUACCUGCUCUGCCGAGACCAGCACCGGAGAUCGUGUCAUCCAGCUUGGCAGAGACUUAUAUAAUGGCACAACUAAGGUCCAGUUCACCACAGAAGCUCUCGGUGAAGCAGACUUCUUCAAGAUCGACCCGGGCCCGAACUCAACUACCUUUGACUCAUGGUACUUUGACGCGAUGAACCCUUCGACCAACGAGACCGUCGUCUUCAACUUUGAGAUCCAGAGACCGACCGAUAACGGCGCAGAUGUAGGCAUCACACAGUACCACGUAUCCCUGUUCGGAUCCUUCGCGAACGGAACGGCCUUCAGCUACGGAGUCAACUCCGAGUACGCCAACAUCACCGAGCGGGCGGACAAGAGCAUGCGCGUCGACUUUUUCGGCGGCAGCGAGGUCAGCUGGUCGGGCUCGAGCUUGCUGCAGCCGAGGCCGGUCUAUAAUGUGACCAUCAACUCUCCCGAGACUGGCAUCUAUGGAAGUCUUAUCUUGCGAGGCAACACCGUCGCCCCUCACUACACCUGCGGCACCGACGCAGCUGGCGUAAAUGAGAAAAACGUCGAAGGCGUAGCCUGGGCCAACGCCCUCCCCGACGCCGAAGCAACAGUCGAUCUCAACCUCGGCGACACGGCAAUGUCCUUCUCCGGCUACGGCUACCACGACAAGACCUGGGUCGACCGUCCCUUCCAGGAAGCGAUUCAAGCCGCCUUCUGGGGCCAUGCCCGUCUGGGUCCAUAUGCCGUCGUCUGGUGGCACUCGCACGCACAGGACGGCACCGAGAUCAGCUCCGAGUACCUCGCGACCUACGCGGACGGCCACGUGAUUGCGUCGCGAUGUGUGGACCGCGUGAAUAACACGCUGGGAUGGGGUGAGGGGCAGAUUUGGCCACUUGUGCCUGGGACGCCAGCGCCUGCUGGGAUGAUUAUGCGGUGGGACUUGGGGGAUGCUGGGGUCUUUGUGGCGAAUAUUACAAGUAAGGAUAUCUUUGUCACGAUUCCUUUUUGGCAGGCUGGGAGAGGGCCUGUUUCUGGGGGUUUUGUCGGUGGGGAGCAGUACACCGAUGAGACUGGGUUGUGGUCUCUCAACCAGCUUCCCAAGUUGUAG